CUCAAUCCCAGUUCAAUCUAUCAACCAGGCUUUUGGCUACCUCCCAAUGCCCAGAAGUCAUGGUUGGUGGGGAUACUUGGCCAGUGUUGGGGAUCCAGCUCCUGAACCACUUCGAGCAUGCCACUAAAAUCAUAGCCGAUGCUACAGCACUGCUGGAGCUUGGCAACACCAAACGCGCCAAACUGUCAGCCCAAUCUCUGAAAGCCUCUCAGAAUAGCGUGAUCAUUUUGGCUAAGAAAACCACCCCGAUUGUAGAGGACAUCACGCUCAUCAAAGAUGCAGUCAACAACGCACUCAUUUCGCCCGCCCCCCAUCAUGUAGUCCGCUCAGGCACACCCUCAUACCCAUCGACGCCGAACAGCAGAGCCUCCACAACUGCAGUCAUUGAAGACAGGGAAACAGUAGUUAGACUCGACGUGAAGGCUGCGGCUGUCCUCCGUAAGGUAUCACCGGAGGACCUCCGUAGAUUGAAUCAGAGCGUCAGAGAAGAAGUUCUUGUUAUUAGAAUGACAGGCGUGAAAUGGAAAUAA